GCGGUGCCGUGGGGCAACAGUCAACACAAAGCGAUCACGAGGUGCGAAUCGUGCUACAGAGGCGAGCGAGCUCUCUCUACCAAGCGAAUCUUUUCGUAGUUGCGCAGUUUUUUGUGUACUUACUUGGAUCAAUCGGAGAAUACAUCCGGCAACAUGUCUCUGGUACCGCUGUUGUUCUCUGACUGGUGGGAGGAUCUGGAGCAGCCGCACCGAAUCCUCGACCAGAACUUCGGUCUGGGCAUUCUUCCCGAGCAACUGACGACUCCCAGCAUCCUCGAGCGUUUUGCGGUCACACCUCGCCCGAGACAUUCGCCCCUGCACUACUAUCGACCAUGGGGCGAGUUGUUGCGCAACACGCGCGAAGGCGGCACGUCCACCGUGAAAGCGGACAAGGAUCAGUUCCAGGUGAUUCUGGACGUGCAGCAGUUCAAACCGAACGAGAUCGACGUCAAGGUCGUGGACAGAUACGUGGUGGUCGAGGCCAAGCACGAGGAGAAGCGGGACGAGCACGGCUGGAUCUCGCGUCAGUUCGUACGCAAGUACAUGAUACCUGAACAAUGUGACAUCGAACAGGUGUCGUCCAGUCUGUCGUCGGAUGGAGUUCUCACCAUCACCGCUCCCAGGAAAGACAGGCUGCCGGAGAACGAGCGCGUCGUCAAGAUCGAGCAGACCGGUAAGCCGGCGCUCCAGGAAAAGGCGGCGGAAAAGGCUGAGAAGGAGAAGAAGGAAGGCUCAAAGUAAAUUUUAUAUGACUGAGAUCAUAUAUAUAUGUAUCACUUUGAUGAUACGUAAUUGAUUUUUCUCUUGUACGACUGAUCGAAAUAUGUCAAAAUAUGUUUUUAUGUAGAGACAUAUAAUAUUAUAUUGCGUGUUAUAGAUAUAUAUAUACAUACACAUAUGCGCCUGAUCACAUGUAUGUGCUGUAUCACUUCUCCAUACAUAUUAUUUCUUGUUCCUACGGCGCGUAAAUUUCGAGUGUUUUUUCAAACAAUAAUGGGUGUGCUCUCAGGUUUACUUUUUUUUUCUAAGUUUGUAAGCAAUAAAAGAACACUUGUUGAGUAAAUAAGUAAAUUGAUAAAUAAAUAAGUAGGUAGUUCUUGUAUAAUUAAAAA